CGUGAGGGUCGUAAGACUACAACUCCCACAAGCCCGAGGUGACGCUUACCCGACGUGCAGCGCGGCUUCGAGAAGAUGAGGCAAGAUGGCGACUAAAAUAAGCAAAGAGAGUCCCCCUCCUUUUGAUUGUCCAUCAUGGGCAGGCAAGCCGCCCCCGGGGCUCCAUCUAGACGUGAUGAAGGGAGACAAACUGAUGGAGAAACUGAUCAUAGAUGAAAAGAAGUACUACCUGUUCGGGAGGAACCCCGACUGGUGUGACUUCACCAUCGACCAUCAGUCAUGCUCACGUGUCCACGCUGCCCUGGUCUACCACAAACAUCUAAAAAGGGUCUUUCUCAUAGACCUCAACAGCACACACGGUACUUUCCUCGGACACAUCCGCUUGGAGGCACACAAGCCUCAGCAGGUUCCCAUAGACUCUACAAUAUCGUUUGGGGCCUCGACGCGAACCUACACCAUCAGAGAGAAACCGCAAACUCAAGGCACUGCUGGCACAGGAGACAGUAAAACAGGAGACGAUGAGGAGCUGAAAGGACUGCUUGGGCUUCCAGAGGAGGAGACCGAACUUGAGAACCUGACAGAGUUCAACACAGCUCACAACAAGCGCAUCUCCCUUCUCACCAUUGAGGAGGGCAACCUGGAAAUCCAGAGGCCUAAGAGGAAACGGAGGAACUCGAGGGUUACCUUCAAUGAAGAGGACUCUAUCAUUAACCCAGAGGACAUAGACCCUUCAGUUGGACGCUUUAGAAAUAUGGUGCAGACCGCCGUUAUCCCUAUCAAGAAACGCAGAUCAGACGGCCAAAACACGUUGGGUCUUGACGACCUGACAUCGAAACGCAUGCAUGGCUACAGCUUGAGCAGCGGUCUCUAUGGGGACCUGCCGCCCACCAGUCAUGAGAACCAGCCAACGGGAGCACCAGGAGGUGCUGCUAUGCAGGGAGGGCUUCCCCUGCCUUUCCCAAAUCCAGCACCAGAGGUGGACCUGGCCCCGGAGGCUCCCCAGCCCCCUGUCACCCUCAACCCCACCCCUGUCACGGCCCCCUAUCUACCAGAGACCCACAACGAGCCACGCAAAAAGAAGUACGCCAAAGAAGCUUGGCCGGGCAAGAAACCCACCCCUUCACUGCUCAUCUGAUCGGUUUCGUAACACUGCUGACACUCAGGUUACCAGCAGAUACAUCAGGGACUGUGACCUGGCAGAUGUGGAGUUACUCACUUCUCAUUUUAUUUUCUAUUUGUUGCGUUACUCACUGUCAUCACGAAAAGGCCCCACACGAUUUCCCUUCAGUCUGCCGCAAGAUAUCAUCUCUGUAACCAAGUAGCCAGAAAAGAGCAGAAUCGUGUCGACUGCAAACUAAAUACCAGUGAAGACUUGGCAGUGACAGGCUACAUGGAUAUGAAGGGUCACUGAGUUAUAUUUUUGAUGUGUUGGAUGUAAGGUUUGAUUUUUUUUUUCUUUUCUACUAAACAUGUUUGAACAUUUUUUUUCCACUCCUCUUAGUAAUCUGAUAACGCUGUUAAACAGAUGGCAAAACAAGUACUUUUUAUACGAGAUAUUUUAGUGUGAGAAGUUGGGGAAAGUCAGAGAAUCGUAACAUGAGGUCAGUUUCUAUAAAAAAACACAGGGCUGCUUUUUAUUUUGAAAAACCUAUUGAUAUAAUGUGAAGAAGUGUUAUACUCACUGAAACAUUUCUAUUGCGUUGGUUAGACCAAUAUAACAUCAACUGAAGUGUCUUGUACUACCCACAGGCCACUAGAUGGUGACUUGUGCACAAAAGUUAAGAGACUUGUCUUGAGGUUUGACUGCAGACUGGCAGGUACCAUUUUCUUUAUGGCCUGUUGCACUAAAAUGUUUAAGGCAUCCCAUGGAAGUGGUGCUGCAGUUAUUCAUUUGGAUUCAACUGAAAAUAAAAGCCAUCUUCUCUGUCCAAACUGUGUUUAUCAUAUAUGUCUUUUCCCCAGUAUAUUGAAUUAUAAUGGUUGGCCAUUUUACAGUUUUCUAUGUUGGAAAUGAAUAGGACUGUUAAGUGUGAGACACAAUAUGGCAGAACUGGAAUGGCAACAGAGUGAGAAAUACUAACUUUGCUACAAAAUAAAACAUUUGUAAAAACAGGAAUGUUUGUUUCAGUAUGUUUUAAUGGUUACGUAGCUUGUUAACAUUUUUUACACGCAACAUAGUACAGUGAAGUUUAUACAGAAACGUAUAUUGUUUAGAUUUUGUUUGCCCCAGACUUGAGACAUAGGAAACUGGCUUUACACCGCAGCAGAGAAACAUGACAAGCCAGGUCAAAUGAGAAAUGAGCUGGCCUAACUUCUAAUUGGUUGUGGUUGUGGUUAAUCUGGCUCUGAAAUCAAACACAGAUGAGGUGUUAAAACUUUUACAAAUUGAGCUGGUGACUUUUGACAAUGUGGCCGUGUGGUAUUUUGUAAUCAUAUGACUGUAAAUAAAAAAUGAAUUACUUUUGACUCAUAA